GCCCAAACACAGCAUGGAGAACAGAGCUUGCCAAUAGGAGUGAGUCAAUCUCACCUUAUCCACACUCCCUCCACUAUCCAUUAUCGCAUUCAUUAUCAUAUCACUCCUUAUCAAAUAUCCAUAACCCCAUAAACAACCACUAACCACCCUCUCUUCACCUUUGUUCAGUAGCUCAUUGGAAUGAAAAAGUGAACUUUGAUUUCCUAGUGCAAUCAGAGUUUGCAGCAAUGGCAGCCAUGAACUCUACUGUUUUGGCAUGCAACUAUGCCAUCUCGGGCGCUGGAUUGCCCGAGAUUAAUGCAAAGCUUGCUUCCAUGCCUUCUGUGGCAUCCCCAGUUGUGGCUGGUCACAAGUUGCCUGUGAUCAGGGCCCAACAGGUUAGAGUUUCUGAACCAAAAGAAUCCAGUGGAGGUGAAGGAAGAAGGGCUGCACUGCUUGGCCUAACAGCCGCCCUUUUCACAACUGCUGCUGCCGCCUCCAAUUCCUCUGCCAAUGCAGGUGUCAUCGAAGAAUACCUUGAAAAGAGUAAAGCGAACAAGGAACUGAAUGACAAGAAGAGAUUGGCCACGAGUGGUGCAAACUUUGCACGAGCUUAUACAGUUCAAUUUGGCACAUGCAAGUUCCCCGAGAACUUCACCGGCUGCCAAGAUCUUGCCAAGCAAAAGAAAGUGCCAUUUCUUUCUGAGGAUUUGGCGCUGGAAUGUGAAGGGAAGGACAAAUACAAGUGUGGUUCCAAUGUUUUCUGGAAAUGGUGAAGAGGAAAAUCUUAUUCCCUUCCGUACCAUGUGCUUUCCUCUUAACAUGUACCUAAAUUUCUGUUAAAGAAACGCUACUACAUUCGUGUCUUUUGCAAUGUGCUUUCUCAAAUUCAGAUCUUUCCAAAUACCCAUUGUUUAUUUUCAUGAAUGGACAGUAAAAAUUAAAGCGA